CAUGUCAGCACCAUUUUUCACAAUCAAUUGCAAUAAUCCGAUCUCCGAUUGUAUAUAAAGAAAAACUCAAUCGUUAGCCUUUUCAUUUUUUUGAGGAGUCAAGUUAAGAUGGCCUCUGGCAGAGGUAGUAGUUAUCUAGGGAAGUCAAUAUUUGAUCCCAACAAAUGGCUUGCAGAGUUCCGAUCUUCAAAAAAUUUUAAACAGCAAAGGAUGGAAAUUAUGCAGCAAACACUCGAGGCUUGUAAAAACUUCAAGUAUUCACUUGUAGAUGGCACUGAGAUUACUUUUGCAGAUCAUCAAAGUGUUUCAAGAGAAGUAAGGAAAACAGUCCUUCACGAGGAAGAGAUUUUAUGUAACCCAACUGAAUUUGAAAAAGGUGCAAAUCUUCGUGAUCAGUGGAAAACUGAAAUAAUUGUUGUGAACGCUGAUUGUCUCGAGGAAGCAAUACGGUUAAAGCAUGAGGGUUAUAAUCCAGCUGUGUUAAACAUGGCCUCAUCAAGAAGACCAGGUCAGUGCAGCAAAUGCAUGUAAUAGUUUAUACAUUGAAGUGGUGUCCGCCAAAAUGGUAAAGUAAUUAAUUAAAGUGAUAAAAAUGACAUCAUCAUCUUUAUUAUCAUCGUCAUCUUUAAACAGGGUGCAUUUUCACAAAGUGGUUUUCAACGUGGCCCUGGUGAGUUAGUUAGUGUGAGUUAUCACAAAGAGGUGACCCUAAUUUGGAAAUUCCAAUUUUUGACCAUUGCAUGUCAAUGAGUUAGACAGUUUUUUCGCUCUCAAUAUGUUCAAAUUGAUUCCUGGAAAUCUCCACUGCUUUCAAUUAAAUGUGGUGUUCCUCAGGGUUCUGUGUUAGGGCCACUUUUAUUUCUUAUAUACAUUAAUGACAUUUUUUCAUGCUCUAAUUAUCUCUCAUUCAUCCUUUUUGCAGACGACACUAAUAUUUUCUUUCAACACAAAAAUAUCUCUGAACGAACUAAAAUUGUGAACCAUGAACUUUCUUUUGUGGCUACCUGGUUCAAAGCUAACAAGCUAACUUUGCAUCCCGACAAGACUAAAUUUACUUUAUUUCACCCUGCAAGAAAGAAAAUAAAUCUUGAUGGUCUUUCUAUUAGCAUUGAUAAGAAUAGUAUUAAUAGAGUAGAACACACAAAAUUCUUAGGUGUUAUUAACCAUCAAAACCUCUCAUGGCAGGCUCAUAUAAAAGCGAUUUCUUCCAAAAUUGCCAAAUCCGCUGGGAUUAUUAUCAAAUCACGACAGUUUUUCCUUUCUAAUACUCUUUGCACAUUAUACAACUCUUUAAUACUCCCAUAUCUUCAAUACUGUUCUAUUAUUUGGGCAUCCACUUACUUUUCUCAUUUACAACCCCUUUUCCGUCUCCAGAAGAAAGCUUUAAGAAUCAUUACUCAUUCUCCACCAUGUGCACAUACUUACCCGCUCUUUAACAAAUUCAAAAUACUCAACAUAUUUAAUAUUAUUUUAUAAGUACCAAGUUUCUUGCUUUGUUUUCCUUCACAUGCAGAAGCUCUUGCCCUCUCCUCUUUCAUCUCUCUUCGUUCUUAACUCUGAUUGUCUUCAAUAUCUCACCAGGCAAAAAGACAACUUACAUCUUCAUACUCACAAAUAUUCUUUUUCUCUUCGGGUACAGGGUCCUCAAAUUUGGAAUGACAUUCCUCUCUCACUUUGUAAUUCACUUACUCUUUCUAGUUACAAACAUAAACUGAGAGAUUAUUUUUCAAUCAUUAUAAGUUUAAACUAAGUUGAACUCCAAUUUUUUUUUCUCCCUUCAAACUCUUUUCUUUAUUACUUUUUGCACACUAUCAUUAAUUAUGUUUAUUUUGCUUUAUAUACAGUAAUAAUUCUUUAUAUGUUGUAAUAGUUUGCCCUUUCUUUGUAAAUUUUGUACUUAUUAAUUUUUAUUCUCAUAAUUUGUAACUUAGCAGCACAUUGUAACUCUCUGACCUAUGCCAUAUAAGCCUCUGGCUUUGGCAUCUUAUUAUCAUUAACUUGUGCUUUGUGUACUUAUAUAUCAAGAAACAAAGAAUAUGUAGAUGGACAGGAUCUUGUUUACUGUAGGUAAUGUCGACCGAUAUAUCGGUCGAUAGAGCGGUUGAUAUAGCGAUUGACAGUAGGUCGACAGUCGGUCGAUGGUCGGUCGACAGUCGGUCGAUAGUCGGUCAACAGCCGGUCGAUAGUCAGUUGAGCGUGGGAUAGACUAUCGGCCGAGCAUCGGUCGAUAUCUCGAUGACGCACCUCGACUUACUAUCGGUCAUGUGUCGGUGAUAUAUCGGUCAACUGUCGGUGGUAUAUCAGUCAACUGUCUGUGGUAUAUUGGUCAACUGUCGUUCGAAUAUCAGUCAAGUGUUAAUAUAGCAGGUGAGUCCAAUGGCUUUCCUUUUGAGCAAAGACAUCAUUAAUUACUGGUAUCAUGCGAAAAAUGUCCAAAAAUGCGAAUUUUUCAAGAAUCUCCAUGUGUCAAUGGGGGUAAUCGGUUCAUAUUUCAGUAAUUUUGCUCCAAUUUCUUCUCCAGGGCUAUUGAUAAUGGACUAAAAACUAUACAGACCGACAAAACUCUCGACCGAUAUGUCGGUCGACUAUCGGCCGACACUUGACCGAUAUAUCGAACGGCUAUCUUCUGACUAUCGACCAAGUGUCGACCAACCAUCGACCGAGUGUCCACCAAUUUUACUGACCGAUACAUUUGUCAAGUAUCGACCAACUAUCGGCGAAAAGUCAGCAAAGUGUCAGUGAAUGAAAAGCUAUAUCGGCCGACACACAUCUGGAACGACUGUCGACCGACUAUCGACCGACAACCGCUAUAUCGACCGACUAUCGACCGAGUGUUGGUCGCUAUAUCGACCGAUAUCUCAGUCGACACUACCUACAGUAAACAAGAUCUGAUGGACAAGGUGUUAUACAAUAACAAUGAUAUGUUGAUAGUAAUAACUUCUGGUUUUGUUUCACCUUGCAGGUGGGGGAUACUUAUCUGGAGCUGGGGCACAAGAAGAAAACUUGUUCCGUCGAACAAAUUAUGUUCAACAUUUAGCCGACCCGGACAAUGAAUUUGACCCUGAAAGAAAAUGGUCGUACAGACUUCCAGAAUUUUCAUGUGUCUACUCCACGAAUGUGUUCAUCAUACGAGCUGCAGAGGCAGAAGGUUAUGCAUUUCUUCGUAAACCAAUUGCCAUGUCAUUUGUCGCUUUAUCUGCGUACUGCAGUCCAGCUUUAACAAAAGACAAGCAAAGGCUCAUUCCACAAGUUGCAGAAAAUACAAAGCGAAAAAUCCGCUGUAUGUUAGCUACAGGACUGUAUCAUGAUCAUGACUCACUUGUUCUAUCAGCACUUGGUUGUGGGGCAUUUAGAAACCCACCACGUCACAUGGCUGAGCUUUUUAAGGAAGUUCUUGAAGAAGACGAAUUUGCCAACAAAUACAAGAAUAUUUCAUUUGCAAUUAUCGAUGAUCAUAAUGCAAGAAGAGAAGGAAAUUAUCAACCAUUUAAAGAGGUUUUUAGUCAAUAA